AUGGAUGAAGAGAAAGCAUGGGAAUGGGAAGGAAAUGAGUUGGAUGACAAUUUAGUAGAAGAGGAAGACAUUCAAGUAGAUGAUUGGGAAAGACAAAGACGUAUGACUACUGUAAAAGUUGUCUGUGAAAUGGUUCAUAUAACAUCGAUGAUGAAAUUAUACCUGUGUUCAAAUUAUGUUGAUAGAAAUAUUGGAAGAAAUGGUGGAGACAGAGAAAAUGUGAGAAGAGAAUUAAUGUCUCAAAUUAUUAAUAAUGAGAAAUAUUGUCGAGACAUACUUCGCAUGAGACCAGAAGCAUUUGUUAGGUUGUGUGAAUUACUUCGAGGUACUGGUAGGCUUAUAGAUAACAAGAACUCAAUGGUAGAGGAGCAAGAUUGUGUUGGGGCUAUUGACGGAACUCAUAUUCGAGUGAAAGUGUCUAGGGAGGAGGCACCACGUUAUCAUGGAAGGAAAGAACAUACUACACAAAAUGUAAUGGCAGCUUGUGGAUUUGAUAUGAGAUUUACUUACGUGCUACCUGGAUGGGAAGGAACAGUAUCUGACUCGAGAAUCAUAAAAAAUGCUUUCCAAAGAAAGGAUAAGCUUAUUAUUCCCGAGGGAAAAUUUUAUUUGGUUGAUGCGGGAUACAUGUUACGAAGUGGUCUUAUUACACCUUACAGAGGAGUGCGUUACCAUUUAAAAGAGUAUUCAAAACACGCUCCUGAAAAUUGUCAAGAAUUGUUUAAUCUUCGUCAUGCUGCACUACGCAAUGUCAUAGAAAGAACAUUUGGGGUGCUUAAGAAAUGA